CCGUCCCGUCCCGUCCCGUCCCGUCCCGUCCCGCCGUGCCGCCCGGGGAAGCCGGGGCGAGAGGGCCCGGUGCGGCCCGGGUCCCCAUGGCGACGGCGCGGGGCCGCUGCCAUGGCGGAGAAGGAGGGGAACGGCGAGGACAGUGCAGUAGCUGAAAUUGAGAAGAAGAUUAUAGAAGCUUUUGAGGUGUUUGACCACGAAUGCAAUAAAACUGUGGAUGUCAGAGAGAUUGGUUCAAUUGUCAGAUCACUGGGUUGCUUCCCAACUGAGGCAGAACUUCAUGAACUGCUUGCAAAGGUGGAAGAAGAAGAAGAACCAACUGGAUACAUUCAUCUGGAAAAAUUUCUUCCAGUGAUGACAAAAGUACUUCUCGACAGAAGCUACCGGCCUAUUCCAGAAGAUGUUCUCCUACAUGCAUUUGAGGCUUUAGAUGAGAAUAAAUGUGGAUAUCUUACUAAAGACGAGCUGGUAAAACAUAUGACUGAAGAAGGUGAACCCUUUACUGAGGAAGAAAUGGAGGAGAUGCUCUCCAAUGCUCUAGAUCCAGAAACAAAUACUGUUCACUACAGAGAUUACAUUUCAGUGAUGAUAGUAGAUGAACCUGAAGAUCUUCCCCAAUAAAGUUUGAGAUGCCGUUUGGUAACAGCAGUGUAACUUGGCAGUUGGUUGAAAUUUGAAGUAUAACAAAUCUCAGCUUGUGACCUUGUGCUUGUAAUUAAAAUAAAAUCUGUGGAGC